AUGUCGUAUGAGGUAGGGACCAGAUGCUGGUAUCCAGAUAAAGAAGAGGGAUGGAUCGGUGCCGAGGUGUCGAAACUCUCGACGUUAGAGGAAAACAAGUACAGUUUGUCACUGGCACUUGAAAAUGGCGAAACGGUUGAGAUCGAAACAUCGUCUUUGAGCGAAGAUCACAACAACAGUGGAGCCAACGGUAAUGCCGGUAAUAAAAACGCACUGCCGCUGCUGAGAAAUCCUCCAAUUCUAGAGGCUAUCGAGGAUUUGACCUCGCUGUCAUAUUUGAACGAGCCUGCCGUACUGCAUGCUAUCAAGACCCGCUAUGGUCAAUUGAACAUAUACACGUAUUCGGGUAUCGUGCUGAUCGCCACGAAUCCGUUCGAUCGUGUGGAACAGCUGUACUCUCAGGAUAUGAUUCAAGCUUACGCCGGAAGACGUCGUGGCGAAUUGGAACCGCAUCUUUUUGCCAUUGCAGAAGAGGCCUACAGACUGAUGAAAAACGACAAACAAAACCAAACGAUCGUGGUGAGCGGUGAAUCCGGUGCCGGGAAAACCGUUUCGGCCAAAUACAUCAUGCGCUACUUUGCUUCGGUCGAGCAGGCGGCCAAAAGAGACUCAGCGGCCAUUCCAGACCACAAUGACCAUCGUCAUGAAAUGUCCGAAACAGAGCGUCGAAUCCUGGCCACUAACCCUAUCAUGGAAGCGUUUGGUAACGCAAAGACCACGCGGAAUGACAAUUCCUCGAGAUUCGGAAAGUAUCUCGAAAUCCUGUUCAACUCGGAGACUUCCAUCAUCGGUGCCAGGAUUAGAACAUACCUUUUAGAACGUUCUAGACUGGUAUUUCAACCUAGUGUCGAGAGAAAUUACCACAUCUUCUAUCAAUUGAUGGCGGGUCUUUCAGAAAGCGAAAAAUCAGAGCUGAAAUUGACUAAGGUGGAGGACUAUCAUUAUCUUAACCAGGGUGGCGAUUAUCGCAUCAAAGGCGUGGACGACGCUGCCGAUUACAAGGAAACCGCGGACGCCUUGAGGCUGGUUGGGUUUUCCGCAGAUACUCAACAACAGCUGUUCAAAAUUCUAGCCGCUUUGUUGCAUAUCGGUAAUAUCGAAGUCAAGAAAACCAGAAAUGAUGCUUCCCUAAGCUCUGACGAGCCCAAUCUGCUCAUUGCGUGUGACCUUUUGGGUAUUAAUGCCUCCGACUUUGCCAAAUGGAUCACAAAGAAACAAAUUACAACUAGAGCCGAGAAAAUUGUUUCCAACUUAACCUUCAGUCAGGCAAUUGUGGCUCGGGACUCGGUAGCCAAAUUUAUCUUUACAGCACUUUUCGACUGGCUAGUAGAGAAUAUCAACACCGUGCUUUGCAAUCCCGAAGUUUCCAAGCAUAUCAGCUCUUUCAUAGGUGUUCUGGAUAUCUACGGGUUUGAGCAUUUCAAAAAGAACUCUUUUGAGCAGUUCUGCAUAAAUUAUGCAAAUGAGAAACUGCAGCAAGAAUUCAACCAGCAUGUUUUUAAACUCGAGCAGGAAGAAUACGUUGCCGAGCAAAUAGAGUGGUCUUUCAUCGAGUUCAAUGACAAUCAACCGUGCAUCGACCUUAUCGAAAACAAGCUUGGUAUUUUGUCCCUACUUGAUGAAGAAUCCAGGCUGCCUGCAGGAUCUGAUGAAAGCUGGACCCAAAAACUCUACCAGGCCCUAGAUAAGCCUCCUACAAACGCCGUUUUUUCAAAACCAAGAUUUGGACAAACCAAAUUUGUUGUCUCGCAUUACGCUUUAGAUGUAGCGUACGAUGUUGACGGUUUCAUAGAAAAGAAUAGGGAUACGGUUUCGGAUGGUCACUUGGAAGUCUUGAAGGCUACACAGAACGAUACACUGCGGUCUAUUUUGGACAUCAUCGACAAAAACGCUGCUGCUCUAGCAGAAAAGCAGGAAGCCAACAAGAAACCAGGGCCUGCAAGAAUGGUCAACAAAAAACCAACGCUUGGUUUUAUGUUCAAACAAUCCUUGAUUGAAUUAAUGAGUACAAUCGACUCCACAAAUGUCCAUUAUAUUCGUUGCAUCAAACCAAAUGAGAAUAAAGAGGCAUGGAAGUUCGACAAUCUAAUGGUUUUGUCACAACUUCGUGCUUGUGGUGUACUGGAAACUAUCCGUAUCUCGUGUGCAGGGUUUCCCUCCAGAUGGACUUACAAUGAAUUUGUUGUAAGAUAUCAUAUUUUGAUACCAUCAGACAACUGGACUAAGAUUUUCACUUUGGAAGCCUCGGAGGAAGACGUCAGAAAUUUGUGCAAAGAUAUCUUGAAUGAAACCGUCAAAGAGAAAGACAAGUACCAGCUUGGUAACACCAAGAUUUUUUUCAAAGCAGGUAUGCUGGCAUAUUUGGAAAAACUAAGAAGUACUAAAAUGCACAACGCCUGUGUCCUCAUACAGAAAAAGAUCAAAGCUUUGUACUACCGGAAAAAAUAUUUGGAGAUCACAAAUGCUCUUCAUAUGCUACAAGCCUACAGCAGUGGACAUGCGUGUCGUCUAAGUGUGGACUUCAAAUUGAAAAGUAUGGCGGCGUGCUUCUUGCAGGCGUUUUUUAGAGGACGUUCUCAACGUCGCGCCGCUACGACUGCGUUGGCAUCCAUCGUAAAGGUUCAGUCCCUGGCAAGAAAGCGGAUCGCACAAAGGGCCCUUUCCGAGAAACAACAAGCAACUGCAGCUGUUACUAUUCAAAGCAAGAUUCGGGGAUUUAAUCCACGUCAAAGUUACAACACCACAAGAGGGUCUUCCAUUCGCAUUCAGUCCCUGGUUAGAAGAACACUGGCUCAAAGAACAUUGAAGCAACUGAAAUCUGAUGCAAAGUCUGUCAAUCAUUUACAGGAAGUGAGUUAUAAGCUCGAAAACAAAGUGAUCCAGCUCACGGACAAUCUGGCAGAAAAAAUCAAGGAGAAUAGAGAGCUUACUGCCCGUAUUCUUGAACUUCAAACAUCUUUGAAUGAAUCUGCCAAUAUUCAAAGUGUUCUGGACACACAGAAAGAAGAGCAUUCUAGGAACCUAAAGGAGCAGCAAGAUACACAUCGCAAUGAGCUUUCAAGUAAGGCAGAAGAGUUGCGUGCAGCUCAAGAAGAAGUUGCUGCUGCCAAAAAGGAAAUUGACGAGCUUUUGGUAAAGCAUGAAGAGAUCAAGAAAGAAGUUCGCUCGGCAGUUGAAUCCCUAAAUCAAGCUAAAACUGAAUUUGCGGACUCGCAAACUCAGAACUCGGAUUUGAAAAACGAGGUGAAAUCACUUAAGGAUGAAAUCAGCCGCCUGCAUAGCAGCAUUCGCAGUGGAGUCAGCACAAACGGCACAAUGGUAAACACGCCUACCAAAGCGAGAAGGUUCAGUAGUCACAGCAGCGUAACAGAUGGAACCUCACCAAGGCAGCUGAACGUAAUUUCCAUGAAUAGCGGCAUGGAAGACGAUGCAAGGUCAACUGCAAGUGCAUUGUCUCAAAUAAAUGACGAGCUGUACAAGAUUCUCGAGGACACUAAGGCCCUGAACACAGAGAUUGUCGAUGGCCUUCUCAAGGGCUUCAAGAUUCCAGAGACAGGUGUAGCCGCUGAAUUGACCAGAAAGGAGGUGCUUUACCCUGCAAGAAUCAUGAUUAUCAUCUUAAGUGACAUGUGGAGGUUAGGUUUAACAAAGCAGAGUGAAAGUUUUCUUGCUGAUGCGAUGUCUACCAUUCAAAAACUUGUCACCGCUUUGAAAGGUGAUGACUUGGUAAGUCAUGGAGCCUUUUGGCUGACGAAUGUGCGCGAAUUAUACUCUUUUGUCGUUUUUGCGCAAGAGAGUAUUUUGAAUGAUGAUACUUACAACAGUGGCUUGAACGAAGAUGAGUAUAAGGAAUACGUGACUCUGGUCACCGAGUUGAAGGACGACUUCGAGUCUUUGAGUUACAACAUAUACAACAUCUGGUUGAAGAAACUUCAAAAAGACUUGGAAAAGAAGGCAGUGUCCGCGGUGGUGAUGUCGCAGUCUCUUCCUGGGUUUAUCGCCAACGAAUCGACACAGUUUCUGGGCAAGCUAUUCACGCAGUCCAACUAUUACAAAAUGGAUGGUAUUUUAGCGUUUUUCAACAAUAUUUAUUGGUCGAUGAGAACGUAUCAUGUUGAACAGGAGGUUUUCCGUGAGGUCAUCAUCACUUUGUUGAAAUACGUUGAUGCCAUUUGUUUCAACGAUCUUAUCAUGAGACGCAACUUUUUAUCCUGGAAGAGAGGUUUACAACUUAACUACAAUGUGACCAGGCUAGAGGAAUGGUGUAAAUCUCACCACAUUCCGGAAGGCACAGACUGCUUGCAACACAUGCUACAGGCAUCGAAGCUCUUACAAUUGAAGAAAGCCAAUUUGGAGGACAUUGAUAUUAUUUGGGAAAUUUGCUCGUCGUUGAAACCUGCACAGAUCCAGAAGCUGAUUACCCAGUAUGCGGUUGCUGAUUAUGAAGUGCCCAUCCCACAAGAGAUUUUAAAUUUUGUUGCCAACAGAGUCAAGAGCGAAUCUUCACUAUCCUCGGACGGCAAAUCUCAGACCCACAGCAGCGACAUUUUCCUCACGGUUGAAAGCGGGCCAUUCGAAGAUCCUUUCAACCUGAUAGAGACCCGAAAAUUCGGUAAAAUUGAAGCCUAUAUUCCUGCUUGGAUGAAUUUGCCGAUCACCAGAAGAGUUGUCGAAUUAGUCACACAGCAUGUUACCGUCCAGGAGGUCCAAAGGGGUGUAUAG